AUGCUAAGCCAAGUGGUCAAGCGCAAUGCACUCAAGAUGAGCGCCGCCAGCCGUCGCGGCAUCUCGGCCUCGGCCAAGCGCAUGUCGGAAGAAGGCGAGCACCACCAGCACUUGCUGUUUGAAGGCGAUUACUCCAAGAGCUUCAUCAUCGGCAUGACGCUAUUUGUGACACUGGGCGGUAUUGCUGUGCCCGUCUGUCUGUACCGCUACCAGAACUGGAAGCACGGGUUCCCGCAGAACUAA